AUGUCGUCACUCACUUCAGGGCUCCCCAACCCCGCAGCCAAAACUCCCAACACCUCCAACUCCCCUGACCCCGCACACCUCUUCAACGACGCCGACCAGACCAGCCACUACGCCCGGCACCGGCCGCACUACCCGCCGCAGCUGUACGACCUCCUAUACACACAUGCUUUCCCCGACCGCCGGCCCCCCUUCCACGACCUCACCGUCGUCGACGUGGCCACAGGCAACGGCCAAUCCCUGGGUCCCAUGCCGACUGACUUCGGAACCUGCGUCGCUCUGGAUGUAAGUCCGGCGCAACUGUCGGAGGUGGCGCCCGCUCUGCGUCAGCGUGUGCAGAUGCAGCUGGGUGAUGCGCACUGUACGGGACUGCCAGCCGGCAGCGUAGAUCUGAUGACGGUGGGGCAGGCACUGCAUUGGUUCCGAGUGGAGGACUUUUACAACGAAUGCCGCAGACUGCUAAAGCCGUCGGGCGUUCUGGCAGCAUGGACGUACGAUUUUGGGCAGUUAUACGGCUUCGACGGGUCACAGCAGCUGUACGAGCAGCUCCAUGUGGGCAUCCUUGGGCCGUACUGGGCGCCGGGCCGCCAACUUGUGGACCGCUAUUACGUUGACUUGGAACCGGGCCUUAUUGAGCAUUUUGGAGAGGUACGGAGGCUGCAGCUGCCCAUGACCGUCAGCACGACACCUGAUGAGCUGUGGCUGCGGCAAGAGUGCCUGGCGGGCCUGGAGGCGGCGGGUGCUGGCGGGGGCCGACUGACACUGCAGCGAACCAUCACGCUGCUGUUGGCCAUGCGACCGAGAGCGCCUAGCAAAUGA